UAUACAGAUUAUGUAAACUCGCGAGCGCGGCGCCGCGCGUCCCCGUGCGACUCCUCGACUAUAUAAUUUCUAAUCGGUUUUUCUUUAAUCUUUUAAGAAAGACUUGUUAACUUGUUUAAUCAGACAGGUUGGGAAAUUAAAAGUAAUUGAACUUUGUUCAUCAACAUCAUGCCUAUUUUUUUUUUACGCAAAACGCUUAUUUCUAAAGAAUUCUGCGUAUGUCUGUGUGUGCAUUUGGAUUCUAGCGAAGUGCAUGUGCGUAUUUAAAUUGUAUUAAGUACUAUCGUCUGGAAAAUCGGUAUCGUUACGCAAGCGUGUGCGCCUGUCCGAACUCAGGAAGCUGAAAUCAUGAUCCUCGUUCCAGUCUGAAUGUGGACCGCACACUGCCAAAAUUUAGUGUUCAUCGCCUUUGUGUUCUUACCCUCCGUCGUGAGAGGCAUCCCGGAUUAUUCUGGACUGCCAUCGGGACCGUACUGCGCCGGGAGGUAUCCCGGAGGCGGUUGCUGCCCAGGACGACGGGAUGAAUGCAGCGCGCCGAUCCUCAAGACGCUGUGUUACUGCGACGAUUUCUGUGACCGAUCUCGCGAGGAGGACUGCUGUCCGGAUUACUGGUAUCAUUGCAGAGGGAUCGUGCCAAACGUCACAACGACGACCGAAGCCACCUGGCCGCCUGACGAGCUAAGGAGAUGCUUCUUCCAGGGAAGAUUGUACGAUUACGGGCAAACGUUAAAAGAUAAUUGUAACACAUGCAAGUGCUCCUCGCUCGGCAAGCGCGCCGAGGUGCUCUGCGAGAAGAAUCGCUGCCUGAUUGAGCCGGAAUUAAUGGACGAGCUGAAUCUGCAAGGGUCCACCCUGGGAUGGCAAGCGGGCAAUUAUUCCGAAUUCUGGGGAAGGACACUUCGCGACGGUCUGGAGCUUCGUCUGGGCACUCUCAGUCCCUCACAAUCCGUGCGUAAAAUGAACCCGGUGCGACGUAUUUACGACCCGGACGCGCUGCCGCGGGAGUUCGACUGCAGGACGCGCUGGCCGCGCGAUAUAUCCGGCGUCCAAGAUCAAGGGUGGUGCGGCGCGUCCUGGGCCGUGUCCACGGCCGACGUCGCGACCGACAGGUACUCGAUCAUGAGCAAAGGCGCCGAGAACGCGGAGCUGAGCGCCCAGCAUCUGCUCUCUUGCAACAACAGGGGACAACAAGGCUGCAGAGGCGGCUACCUCGACCGCGCUUGGCUCUUCAUGAGAAAAUUCGGACUGGUGGACGAGGAGUGUUAUCCUUGGACCGGUAAGAACGGUCAUUGCAAGCUACGUAAGAGAAGCAACCUAAAGGCCGCCGGUUGUCAGAAUCCACCGAACCCGCUGAGAACAGAAUUGUACAAGGUCGGGCCGGCCUACCGCCUGGGCAACGAGACUGACAUUAUGCAGGAGAUCCUGACCUCUGGACCCGUGCAAGCUACCAUGAGAGUCUACCAGGACUUCUUCGUUUACCAGGGCGGAGUAUACAGGCACUUGCAAAGCGAGUGGAAGCAAAAGGAAUUGGACGAUUCCGAUUCCGGUUAUCACUCGGUGAGAAUAAUCGGUUGGGGCGAGAAGAAGUCUUAUCGUGGUCCACCGCUCAAGUAUUGGCUGGUCGUGAACUCAUGGGGAUACAACUGGGGCGAGAACGGGCUCUUCAAGAUCCAAAGGGGAACGAACGAGUGCGAGAUCGAGUCGUACGUGCUGGCGGUAUGGGCCAAGACGAUAUAAGGAAAGAAAUAAGAUAAAACGAAAAUUUAAAAAAAAACGAAAGAAACGAGGAAAAUGCCAAAGUACUAGAAUAUCCGAUUGUCAUAAUCACUAUUGGUGCAUUUAUUGAAUCUCCGUCGUCGGUCCGUCGUCGUGCGCAAUGCUGCCGAUUGCCAUCGGGGACGAUGAACGAUACACACAUCGAUAUUCGAAAGUAUGUGAUCCAGUGCUUCCGUACGUGCCUUAUUACACGCAGGAUCGGAAGGGGGGAGGGGAGGAAGAAACGGGAGGGGGACAGAGCUAUUUAGAAAUAUUUAAUAUUAAGUACGUGGAUCGUCGAAAAAAGAAAGUGUCGUCAUUAUUUUCUCAUUAUUUGUAGACAACAAUAAUCGUUUUACAUAUAGAAACGCGCACGCCGUUACGCACGCGUCGAUAAUCGAUAAUGCUAUAGCAAAAGUCAUGUCUCUCUCACACGUAACAUCAUCAUCCAUGUGUCGUGGUGACUUCGACGUGUAAGAAGUACUAAACUGCCAAGUGCUUGAAAUAAAUUUUGUAAGUACGUAA